AGCCAUCUGUGCGGCUCAGUAAAAUGGCUGUAUGAAGCGGAGCCUCGUGUUGGUUGGGUUCGCUCCCUCUACCCGGGCUCAGUAACACAACUCCCACAACAAUUUCUGUCGCUGUUUUACGCAUUGUAUGGAUCCUGCACCGUCUCUUUAACCCAUCUACGGAACCGGAACCAGAGCUAUGGAAACCGGAUUCGGUCCGGAGUGAGGAGUUGGAAUGAAUCGGCACAAGGAUAAAUGGUUAUAAACAAUUAUUUAUAUUCAAUGCUAGCUUGUGAUUGUGACUGACUCGCCGAGAGAGGGAGAGAGAGGUGGGGGGGUUUAUCAUGGCCGCUCAGGUCGCCAGCGCCGCCGCUCUUAACACCAGCCCGCCUUCCGAAUUAAAAAAGCCGGAUCGAGAACCUAAGGAGGAUUCGGUUACGGGGGAGAAACAGUCGGACAAAAAACAGCCGAGUUUGGACAGCGGAUCACCGGGCCGGGGGGAUCUGCAGGACGGGGCCGAGGCUGGAAAUGCAGGGGGAGGAGGGGAACCUGAGAUGAAGAACGGGAAUGGGAACCCGCCCAGGGCUAACAAUAAUAAUCAGAAUGACUCUGUUGGACCGGAGGGAAAUAACCAUCCAGGUCUAGCGCAUCACCACGGAACCGCUUUUCCCCCACCUUCGUACGGAUACGGCCAGCCCUACGGUCGGGCCCCUUUUCAUCAACAUGGCGGACAACAAAGCCCUGGCAUGGCAGCUGCUGCGGGUCCGGUUGUGCAGUCGAGCAACAUGAUGGACCCGUAUCAAACCAAUUCACACGACCAUGGGUUUUCGAACCACCAAUUUAACAACUACAACCCAUUCCCGAACAGGACUCCAUAUCCAGGCCAAGGCUACGCCAUGAACUCGCCUCGCAGUAGCCAGGCGCCGACAGCUGGGGGGCAGCCAGCUAAGCAACAGCCACCAACAGGAGGACCUACGGCGAUGGCUCCCUCGUACAGUAACCAGAGAUAUAAUAUUGGGAAUCCUCAGCCUACAUCCACACCGACACUGAACAAGCUCCUAACGUCCCCCAGCUCAACGCGGGGUUAUCCAAACUAUCCGUCUGGUGACUACGGUAGCCAAGAAGGAGCUAGUAAGGGACCAGCAGACAUGGGCAGUAGCGGUCAGUAUGGAGGGAGCAAUCCGGGCUGGCAACAAAGGGGCCAUCACCCGUCGUCUAUGAGCCCGGGAAGUGCCGGGCAGCCGUUGGGCAGAAAUCAGCCACCUGGACCCAUGGAUCCAAUGGGUAAAAUAAGAGGCCAGCUAUAUGGAGCAGGUAGUCCAUACGGCCAACAGUCACAGCAGGGGCCUCCUACAGGUCCACAACAGGGGCCUGGGUACCCUGGACAGGGAUAUGGCCCCCCAGGUCCACAGCGAUAUCCAGUGGGAAUGCAAGGACGCACCCCUGGAGGAAUGGGUGGCAUGCCAUACGGUCCACAGAUGGGCUCCUAUGGACAGCAGGGACCAGGAGGAUAUGGUUCUCAAGGUCAGGCCCCAUACUAUGGUCAGCCAGGCCAGGGUCCUCAUCCAAGUCAACAGCAAGGGCCAUACUCUCAGCCCCCUCCUGGACAGCCAGGUAGCCAAACAUCUUACCCAGGGCAGCCCCAUCCUCCACCAACUUCUGCUCCUCACAGCCAGGGAGGACCACCUUAUCAGCAGCCUCACAUGCCCCAACAGCCCCAGGGGCCACUGCCAGGCCCACCUCAAGGGCCCCCACAAUCUCAGCCACCAUACUCUCAAGCCUCAGCCCCCCAGUCGGGCCAGUCUCCCUAUGCCCAGCAACAGGGUCCUCCCAGUCAGGCCCCACAGCAGCCAAGUUCCCAACCACCCCCUGGAUCACAGGGCCAGCCCAAUUACCCAGGAUCAUCACAGGGGCCACAGCAGCCUCCCUCGCAGCAACAGCAGGCACAGUCUCAGCCUCAACAGCAACCGCCAGGGCACGGCCAACACCCACAGGGCCAGCCCACAGUAUACCCUCAGAACCCGCAGCAAGCACAACAGUCACCUUAUCAGCGAUUUCCCCCUCCUCAACAGCAGGAGGUAUCCCAGGACUCAUUUCAGUCCAAUGCUCCACCAUCAACUCAGAAUAAACCUGGUCCAGAGGACGGCCAAGGCCGCCCUUCAAGCCUCCCAGUCAGUCAUUCUCCUUACUUCACAGCUGACCUGUCUGGUUCCAUCGAUGACCUGCCCACUGGUGCGGAAGGUGCGCUCAGUCCAGGUGUGAGCACUUCAGGAGUGUCAAGCAGCCAGGGUGAGCAGAGUAACCCGGCACAGUCGCCCUUCUCUCCUCAUACGUCUCCCCACCUGUCAGGCAUACGAGGGCCUUCACCUUCCCCAGCUGGCUCUCCUGCCAGUGCCAGCACACCCCGUACAGGACCACUGUCACCCGCCACCAUGCCAGGGACCCAGAUGCCUCCAAGGCCCUCAAGUGUGCAGUCAGAUGGGAGCCUACACCCAACAAUGAACCAGUCUCCUAUGACCCAGGACAGAGGUUUUAUGCAGAGAAACCCUCAGAUGCCAGCGUACGGCUCUCCCCAGUCGGCGUCAGCACUGUCGCCGCGCCAGUCUUCAGGGGGGCAGAUGCAUCCUGGGAUGGCCCCAUAUCCGCAGAACAACUCCAUGGGUGGCUAUGGGCAACAAGGAGGGCAAUAUGGCCCUCAAGGCUACCCUCGCCAACCUGGCUAUGGCAACAUGCCAAAUGCCAACUACCCAGGGCCUGGAAUGGGUCCAAUGAACCCAAUGGCAGGGCAAGGUGGUGGGCCACCGUAUGGAGGCAUGCCUCCAGGUAGGAUGCCCCCCAAUCAAAUGGGGGCACGUCCUUAUGGCCCCAAUAUGGGUCCAACUAUGGGCCCCAACAUGGGUCCAAACAUGCCACCUAACAUGGGCAACAUACCACCUCAGGUGGGCUCAGGAAUGUGCCCACCUCCAGGCAUGAACAGAAAACCCCAGGAUCCUGCAGCCAUGCAGCACCCUCCCACCAACUCCAUGCACAACAGGAUGUCUGGUUACCCUAACAUGGGUCCAGGGAUGAUGGGAUCUGGACCACCUUAUGGCCCUUCCAUGAACAGCAUGUCUGGAAUGAUGAACACUCAGGGUGGAUCACCUUAUCCUAUGGGGCCCAACAUGGCCAAUAACUCCAGUGGUAUGGCCCCAAGUCCAGAGAUGAACAACAAAAUGAAUAACAAAGUGGAUGGGAGUGGAACGCCCAAGCCAGAACCUAAGUCUAAGGUCCGCAGUAAGUCCAAUUCUUCCACAACAACCAAUGAAAUGAUAACACGACUGUACGAGUUAGGACCUGAGCCAGACAGGAAGAUGUGGGUGGACCGUUACCUGGCCUUCAUUGAAGAGAAGGCUAUGGGCAUGACCAACCUACCUGCUGUAGGGCGCAAGCCCCUUGACCUCUUCCGGCUCUAUAUGUCAGUGAAAGAAAUCGGAGGAAUGACACAGGUGAAUAAGAGCAAGAAAUGGCGUGACCUGGCCACUUCUCUUAAUGUGGGCACAUCCAGCAGUGCAGCCAGCUCUCUGAAGAAACAGUAUAUCCAAUGUUUGUAUGCAUUUGAGUGCAAAAUUGAGCGUGGUGAGGAUCCGCCACCAGAAAUCUUCACAGACAACAAAAAGAGCCAGGCUGCUAAGGUCCAACCACCGUCUCCAGCGUCCCUCUGCUCCACAGCUGGGUCAGGCUCUCUGCAGGGUCCGCAGACACCACAGUCCACCAGCAGCUCCAUGGCUGAGGGUGGAGACUUGAAACCUCCGACUCCAGCAUCCACUCCUCAUUCUCAGAUGCCCCCGAUGCCUCCAAUGUCCAGGAGUAGCGUCAACCUGCAGGACCCGUUUUCUGAAGGAAAUGACCCUGGUUUCCCAAGAAAGAACAUGACGCCCAACUCGGCCUACCAAUCCAGCAUUAACGCCCCAGACAUGCAGGGGCGCAUGGGUCCCUACGAACCAAACAAAGAUCCGUUCAGUAACAUACGCAAAGUUGGGGAGCAGUUCUUACCUGCUAGCCAAGGGCCUAACAGUGGGAUGGGUGACCAGUCACAGCAGCAACCACCACAACAGCAGCCCCCAUUUAACAGAGGACCACCUGGAGGAAUGGGCACCCUGCCAAUGGGACCCAGGCAGCAGUAUCCUUAUGGACCCGGCUAUGACAGGAGAUCGGAGCAAGGCAUGGGCCCAGAUGGAAGCAUGGGAUCUGGUGCCCCUCAGCCAAACCCAAUGAUGCCUGCCAAUACCGAUACAGGGAUGUAUUCGCCAAAUCGUUUCCCACCACAGCAGCCACGACAUGAUUCCUAUGGUAAUCAGUUUCCUGGACAGGGAACGCCCCCUACUGGCUCAUACCCAAAUCAACAGCCUGGAAUGUACCCCCAGCAACAGCAGAGUUAUAAGCGCCAUGGAGAAGGUGCUUAUCCUCCAUCAAAACGUCAUGAGAGUGAGUACAGUGGGCCUUUCCCUGGUGGACAACAACCACCGCAGCAGCAGCCACAGCAAGUAGGCACCCCAGCACCCUCUUCAGGACAACAGGAGUCCUACAAUCAGUACGGCAGCAGCGGACCCUAUCCUGGCUCUGAUCGCCGCCCUCCUGGUCCAGGCAAUCAGUUCCCCUACUCCUUUAGUCGUGAUCGGAUGCAGGGAGGUUCAGGUCCCAACGCGCAGCCCACCAUGCCCCCUCAGAUGAUGCAGUCAGAGGGUCCUCAGGGGAGCAUGUGGCAAGGACCACGAGACAUGAACUAUCAGAACUUCACCAGUAGACAAAGUGGCCCUGGGGGCCCACCCCAGGGACCUGGCUACCCUGGCAUGAACCGUUCAGAGGAGAUGAUGUCAUCAGAACAGCGUAUGAAUCAUGAUGGUCAGUGGGGUGGUCAGAUGGGGCCUCGACAGCCCCCUUACGGUCCAGCAGGGCCUGGCCAACCGAUGCCCCGAUCAGUACAGUCCAACUAUCAGCCCCCUCAGGGUGUGCAGAACCACAUUCCACAGGUGUCCAGCCCAGCCUCCAUGCCUCGCCCAAUGGAGAGCCGGACAUCACCCAGUAAAUCCCCUUACAUACAUGGAGUAAUGAAGAUGCAGAAGGCUGGACCUCCAGUGCCGGCAUCACACAUAGUGCCCCCUCCGGUACAGUCACCUCUGAUAAGGAGAGACAUGCCUUUUCCCCCAGGCUCUGUAGAAGCCACUCAUCCUAUCCUGAAGCCACGACGGAGACUCACUAUGAAAGAUAUUGGAACACCAGAGGCCUGGAGAGUUAUGAUGUCUCUGAAAUCUGGUUUGUUGGCUGAGAGUACAUGGGCCUUAGACACCAUUAACAUUCUGCUGUACGACGACGGCAGUAUUUCAACCUUUGAUCUCAACACGUUACCUGGCUUCUUGGAGUUGGUUGUUGAGUAUUUCAGACGCUGCCUGAUUGAAAUCUUUGGCAUUCUCCAAGAGUAUGAGGUUGGAGAUCCUGGCCAGAGGACGCUUCUUGAUCCUGAUGCUCUGAAACAAGACUGGGACAUUACUGAAGAAGAGGAGACACAGCCUGAGGACAUGGAACAACAAGAAGAUGAUGAUGAUGAGGAGGAGGAGGAGGAACAAGAAACCGAUGGGCCAGUUCAUGUAAAAGAGGAGGAAGAUCAGGAGCAAUGCACCACAGCAUCUCAGGGCCCAGAUGAGUCAACAGAGGAUGAGGAGAGGAAGGCUAAAGGUCCUGCGUCCGAUCAGGCCGGCCUGCAGCUCUUACCUGCCCAAGACAGACCCAAACAGGCUAGCAAAUUUGACAAGUUUCCUCUAAAGGUGGUACGAAAGAAAGACCCAUUUGUAGCUGGCCAGUCUAGUAAUUAUGGCAAAAUCCAAGAGUUUGACAGUGGGCUGCUUCAUUGGAGUGCGGGAGGAGGAGACUCAACCGAACACAUUCAGACCCACUUCGAACCACGCAAAGACUUCUUGGAGCCUCGAGAACGAAUACCUGUUCCCUCAGCUUUGCUAAAGAGACGGGUCCCUGAAGAAGAGACACGGGAACAUUAUUUACCGACUUUGGAGGAGAUAAGUAAGGAUCAAGACAAAGAAGAGAGUCCUAAAGAGUCGUCCUCCUCAGAGAAUGCAACCGUCUCCGAAAAGGCCAGUCCUCCACACAGCACUGAGGAGGAGGAGGAGGAGAAGGAGAAGAAAACUCUUAGUGAGAUAAUUGAUAAAGCUGCUUUAAGUCAUCAGGAGAAUAACAGAGCGGUUACUUCCACUGGCAGCGUUUUAUCCCUGCGGGUGCAGCAGACUGGCACCAUCCUGGAGGAUGAGCCUCACAGUAAAGAUGAGGGGCCCCUCAUUACACUGGCCAACUGGCAGGACUCCUUGGCCCGUCGUUGCAUUUGUGUCUCCAACAUCAUUCGAAGUCUCUCUUUUGUUCCUGGCAAUGACCAUGAGAUGUCCAAACACCCAGGGCUGUUGCUGCUACUUGGACGCCUGAUUCUGCUCCAUCACAGACACCCCGAACGCAAACAGGCUCCCCUCACCUACGAAAAAGAUGAAGAGACCGAUGAAGGAGUAGGCCAGAAGGAUGAAUGGUGGUGGGACUGUUUGGAGCUCCUGAGGGAGAACACACUGGUCACAUUGGCCAACAUAUCAGGCCAGCUUGAUCUUUCCAUCUACCCAGAGAGCAUCUGCUUGCCCCUACUGGAUGGUCUCCUCCACUGGGCUGUCUGCCCCUCAGCAGAAGCUCAGGAUCCAUUCCCCACUCUGGGCCCCCACAGUGCUUUGUCACCUCAGAGACUGGUCCUGGAAACGUUAAGUAAAUUAAGCAUCCAAGACAACAAUGUUGACCUCAUCCUGGCUACUCCACCAUUCAGUCGGUUAGAGAAGCUGUACGGGAACCUGGUGCGGCUAAUUGGAGACCGGAAGAUUGCAGUUUGCAGGGAGAUGGCCGUGGUCCUACUGGCCAACCUGGCCCAGGGUGAUACCCUGGCAGCCCGAGCCAUUGCUGUUCAGAAGGGCAGUGUGGGCAACUUGCUGGGCUUCUUGGAGGAUAGUCUGGCAGCCACACAGCUUCAGCAGAGCCAGAGCUCUCUUCUUCACCUACAGGGGAUGCAUUUUGAACCCACAAGUCCGGACAUGAUGCGGCGAGCAGCCCGGGCUCUGCACGCCUUAGCCAAGGUGGAGGAGAACCACUCAGAGUUCACACUACACGAGUCCCGACUCCUCGACCUUUCGGUGUCUCCCCUAAUGAACUCACUGGUUUCUCAUGUUAUCUGUGAUGUACUCUUUUUGAUAGGCCAGUCAUGACAGCUAUAGGGAGCUGUGGCUCCACUUACUGGGGAUUUUAUCCCCAAUUCCCUUUUCCCUGGUAACCUGGCUUAUGUGUAUAACAGGGCAAAGAAAGUUCAAGUGACUGUCUUUUUAAUUUAUGAAAAUCCUUCAGAUUCCAUUCUCUGAGCCCUCCCCAGGCCGUCCUUGCUUGGGGAGGAUAAUCACAGAGCUGGGGUGGAUUACAAACCAGAGAGAAGCCCACAAAGUGACACUACUUGCAAAAUGAAUGCCAACUGGAUGACACAGAGCAGAGCACCAUGGAUGGGAGACUGUUCUGCACUUGGGGGAAAAGUAAUUUUUAAUAAAACUAAAUAAAUGAAUAAAUAGCUGAAAAACAAAAACUGUAACCAAAGUUGCUGUCUCGUUUACAGUGAGUUUGGGAGACACAGUGUGCCCUCGCUCUCCCUCAAGGGCACAGUGAGUCUGUAACUGGUUGAUGUUCAGAGGUUAACGCAGACUGACAAGUGGCCUACUGGUUGUAGUUGCUGUAGUUGGAUUCUCACCUGUCAGCCUGGCAGCAGACGAAGUGCUGUCGGUAGACACCUUCACCAGGGAGGCCUGUGCAGUGUGCAGUAGAUUGUAGGACAUUUUCUGUACCAUACUGCUCUUGAGUGUAAGCAUUCUGUAACACGUUUCACACAGAAAGCUGGAGAUGCAGCUCUUCUAGAGUUUGAGGUCAUUUUAGAUUGGUGUUAAACAGAAAUGGCUUUCUUCCCCAAAGUAUCAUGAACCUACAACACCCUUACCUCCUCUUAUCCCUUGAUUGUAUGAAUACCCUUAUGAAAAGAAAUCACCUCUUAGGACUGGUUUUCGACUUCAAAUACAGCUUUGCUGUGGUGUAUAUAUAAUGUUGUACAUUACACUUCCUUUCUCUGUGUCUGUCUCUGUCUGUGUCCCUAUUCUCACUUGUUAUUGGUGAGGGAUGGAGGCUGACUUGAGUUUGGUCCAUGACCUUCAGUCCCUGCUGAUUAGACCCACUCCUCUGGUCUCUCCACAGCUCCGUAGUACGGCAGACACGGCUCAUACCUGUUAUCUCCUGGUACAACAAAAAUAAACUAGAUGAAGUACACAUUGACAACUUUUCUCCGGUCAUGGAUUCUGCAUAUUUGUAUUUCAGACUAUGUAGCUAAGACAACAUGUAAAUUCCUCCCUUUCCCUUUUUUGGCUCAAUGAAUAUCAUUUAUUCAGUAUGAAAUCUUUAUACUAUAUGUUCCACGUGGUAAGAAUAAAUGUACAUUAAAUCUUCGUAAGCUG